CCCAGAAUGGUUUAGACACUGAACAGAAGUUCCUAUCGUGCAGUAUAAAUACAAGCCUGUUUUUUAACACGCUUCUAAAGGCGCUUACGCACACAUCAUCAGUCAUGAGGAGGCUGCUGGUUCUCGCUGUCGUGGUGGCAACUGUCUAUGGGUGUGGCCUUCCCACCUACCCUCCCGUUCUGAGCAGGGUGGUGGCCGGAGACGACGCCAGGCCUCACAGCUGGCCGUGGCAGAUCUCACUGCAGUCGGACAGCAGUGGGCAGUGGAGGCACGUGUGUGGAGGCACCCUCAUUUCCUCUGAAUGGGUCCUGUCCGCUGCACACUGCGUCAAUGACCGCUACAGCUACAGAGUGGAGCUGGGUAAACAUGACCUGACGAACGACGAGGGCUCGAUAGCUCGGGGGGCGGCUGUAAUCAUCAAACAUGAGGACUACAGUACCCUGCUCAGCCGUAAUGACAUCGCCCUGAUAAAGCUGUCCUCCCCCGUGGACUUCUCUGACACGAUCAUGCCCGCUUGCCUUCCAGACCAGGGAGUCAUCCUGCCACACGGAGCCCCAUGCUACGUCACUGGCUGGGGUCGACUCUCCACCAACGGUCCUCUGGCUGUCAUCCUGCAACAGGCUCUCCUGCCCGUGGUCGGCCACGAUAUCUGCUCCCAGUCCGACUGGUGGAGCGUCCUGGCCACAGAAAAGAUGGUCUGUGCUGGGGGAGAUGGCGUCACUGCUGGCUGUAAUGGAGACUCCGGUGGCCCCCUGAUUUGCCAGAACCCCGACGGUUCCUGGGAUGUCCACGGUGUGGUGAGCUUCGGCUCCGGCGAGGGCUGCAACGUGUUCCAGAAGCCCACCGUCUUCACACAAGUCAGCUCCUACAUCAGCUGGAUCAACACGGUUAUGACGAACUACUGAAGAAGAAGAAGUUGCUUUGUGUCAGAGUCAGAUGUUAAUGUAAAGUCUUGAUGAUUCCAUCAUCGUCAGCGUUCAAAAGAGGAGCUGCCAUGAAAAAAUAUAUAUAUAUAUUUCAUCUGA